CUACACUCUUUCUCUCUCUACUCUGCUCUCAAAUCCAAAUCUUUUCUCUCUUUCUUUUUUCAAAUCACUCGCCCCCUUUUUUUUUUUUUUUUCCUCCUUUUUGUCUUCACUCCACAACUGGACUGCCGAUCGGAAUUCAAAAUCGCAUCAGGGUUCUUGACGUACGUUGUAGAUCUUAUCCUCGCCGGCGUUUCUGACGGAUUUGAUUCUGCUGUUAGGUCAGAGGAGAUUUGGUGGAGGAGAGAUGAGGACUCUGCUGGUGCUGGUGCUGCCUUGAUAUCACUGUAAGGAGCUUUAAUGGAGGUUGAGAAGCGUGGAGGAGCGAAGGGAGGCUUCUUCCAGUUAUUCGAUUGGAAUGGUAAAUCUAGGAAGAAGCUUUUCUCAGCCAAAUCCGAUUUACCAGAGAAUUCGAAUCACGGCAGAGAAGCUUAUCACAGCUCUGUUCUUGCGAGGCAGCUGGAUCUUGAGAAUGGGUUUCCACCAAAUGUCCGAGGCCACAACGAUUAUUAUUACGCCUCAUCGACAAGUGGCGAUUCGGAGUACGGCACAAAGGCCCCCGGGGUUGUGGCCCGCCUUAUGGGAUUGGACUCGUUGCCUACACAGAACGCCACCGAGACAUGUUUUACAGCUCCAUUUGCCGACCCUCAGCCGUAUAAUGAUUCUGGUUAUGUAAUGGCUGCUCCUGCAUUUCAACGGGAACACGACAUUGUGAUCUUUGAGAGUGUCCGGAAUAAAUUGGAUGGAUCGAGUAGGAAUCCAUUGGACCUUAAGUUGCAGAGGGCGCAGAACCGAUCAAUCGAGAGGUUUCAGAAAGAGGUGUUGCCACCGAAAUCAGCAAAGCCGAUUUCUGUCACUCAGCACCGUCUUUUAUCUCCGAUCAAGAGUCCGGGAUUCGUCCCACCUAAAAAUGCAGCUUAUAUUAUCGAAGCAGCGUCGAAAAUGAUCGAGCAGAGUCCGAGGUCAAACGCAAAGGCAAACUAUUCGCCACUCGGGUCCUCGUCUUCGGUUCCGAUCAGAAUUCGGGAUUUGAAGGAGAAAAUGGAGGCUGCUCAGAGAUCUUCUCAGUUAGCCGAUUUGUCCCAACGGGGUAAAGAGCAAAGUUCUGUUAGAAAUGUGAAGAAACAGGUCAAUGCUCGGGGGCAGGUUCAGUUGGAAAAUGGCUAUUCGUCUAAGGGUUCCGAAGAAUCGAAAAGAGUCGGUUCUCAAAGAUUAAAGAGCAAGGAAAAGUCGGGCCCUCUUGCUUCUCAGGGAAAGGUUAACAUUCAGAAAAGGGAUCGUUUGAAUUCGGUCGGGAAUCGAAGUUCGGAGAAACACAAGGAACACAAUGACGCCCGGCCCGGUUCCGUAGCAAGAAAUUUAACGAAUACACAAAAGAGAUCGGAAAGGCAAACUCCGGCUAGGAAGCCUUCGGAGGUUCUCAGGACAAAUAAUCAGAAACAAAAUUGUGUAUUUACUGAAGAUGGAGACCGAAAGGAGAGGAAAGAGGCACAUAUAUCGUCGACCAAUGAUUUACCGGCGCAGACGCAUAGGACUGUAGAUAAAAUCGUUGUGAAUAAUGUGAUUACAUCGAGGAAGACAAAUUUCGUGGCUGCUGAUCAAGGGAAAGAGCUUUCGUCGUCUAAAUCGAGGAUGGCUUCGAAGAAGAAGGUGCUGAUCAAUGGGAAUAUUCAGACCAGCGGAAGCACUACCCAGAAAGCGGGGUCGGUAAAAGAUGAGCGAUCUGUAAAACAUAAUGUUGCGUUCGCGGAUGACUCUAAGUGGGACAUGAUCGACAAGAAAAGUAGCUUGGAUGUAGUGUCGUUUACGUUUUCAUCUCCGAUCAAAAAGUCUGUGGCCGGAUCCAACUCUUGCGGCUUUAACGUCGCUGGCGGGGAUGCCUUAAGUGCGCUGUUGGAACAAAAGCUCAAAGAGCUGACUUCGAGGGUCGAGCUAUCCCAGAAAGAAAUGUCGGAGGUCGGUUCUUCUGGUUCUACCAACAACUAUGGCAACCUCAGCUCCACCGUUGAUUUUCUGAAGGGCCUCCCCAUGGACGGCGACGUAUGUAAAAGUAAACGGGAAACUGGGAACGCAGCUGAUUUCUCUCCCGACAAAAGAAUCACGGGACUCGAUUACGUAAACGUUGACAACGAUAACCGCAUCGACUAUCAAAGGCUUCAUUUGCAAGGGUCUCUUUCAGUAUCAUGUCGACCGUCAUCGUCAGGCGCAAGUUUCGACUCAUACAACCCUGCCGACGGUCGGUUGCCGUGUUUGUCGCUAGACUCCUACGAAGGAACAAACUGGAGCUCGACUCAGAAAUCUCACUCCGCCGAAGGCGACACCGAGAUCUCGGACACGGCAUCGUCGUCUCAGUCGAUAACGGCGAAAUCGAGCUCGUGCAUCGCGGAUCCGAAGGACCCGUCCCCCUGGGAGCUCGACUACAUCAAAGACAUCGUGACGAAUGCGGAUCUGUUAUGGGAAGAGUUCGCACUGGGGCAGGCGUACAGGAUCAUACCGCCGGAUCUGUUCGAGCAGUUGGAGAAUCAUCACAAAGAGGAGCCCCCGGUCCUGGAGCGGAGGGCGCUGUUCGACUGCAUUUGCGAGUGCCUGGAAGAUCGGUGCGGGCGGGUGCUUGCGGGGAGCUGGAAGUUGUGGGCGAAGGGGACGGCGGCGGUGCGGCGGCGAGAGUGGCUGGCGGAGGAGGUGUGCGGGGAGGUGGCGGGGUGGAUGAAGGGCGGGGAUGAGAUGAUGGUGGACGAGGUGGUGGAGAGGGACAUGAGCUGGAAGGGCGGGAAAUGGAUCGAGUUCGAAACGGAGUGGAUGGAAGAAGGGGUAGCUGUAGAGGAUGGGAUACUUACUAACUUGAUAGAUGAAUUGAUCGAUGAUUUCUUGCUUUGAUUUGAUUUGAUGAAUUUGAUCUUGUUGUUCUUGAUCUUGAUCUUGUUCUUCUGGGUUUUGAUUUCGGUUUUGGUGUUUAUUUGGUAACUUAUUAAGUUUGAUGGAUGGGUGGAUGGGAUUUUUGUAUCCAUGUUUGGUUUGUGGGAAGUUUGUUUAUUGCAGAAUUGUAACUUAAA